UUACGAGUACAGCAAUGCAGAAUGGUCCUAUGACGUAGGGACUGCAUGCACAGCUAAAUCAUCAACUUACCAUGCCAGUUACCCCUACCAGUUUGAUAUGAUAUACGCAAGGUAAACAUGGUGUUACUUUUCAGGACUUUCCGCAGAUUUCACCAGGGAAAACUGAUAUAGAGUAUAACUAUAAUUGCAGGGAGUAUAUUGAUGUUCAUUUCCUCACCUUUUCAUUCUCAAUUUGUAAGAUUACAUUAUCAUCGUUGUGUAUAAGUAUUCUUCUUCUUUUCCCUCUAAUCAACUAAUCACUACAUUCAAAAUGUCCUCAAAUAUGCAGAAACAGCAUCCCCAAUCCGUUCAUGGGAAAAGUCACGAAAGAAAAUAUGGUGCCUUCCAAAAUGAAAUCUACAAAGGUUCAACGCACCAUACAAUGUCUCUUCAUUUUCAAUAAAGGGCGAAGCAGCUAACCCAAUACCUCUAGAUGGCAUGUUCGCCAAUACCACCCCAAUCGUGACCACUGACCCCAACAAACUCGAAGAGCAAGCACGUUCCAAGCUCUCAUCUACAUCAUACAACUAUGUAGCAGGAGGAGCAGGUGAAAGAGCCACUAUGGACGCCAACAGGCUCGCAUUCAGACAAUGGAAGAUGGUUCCACGAAUGUUACGUCCCACCACUAAGAGGGAUCUCCGUGUCAAUCUCUUUGGUCAGGAAUAUGACAGUCCUAUCCUGAUGGCUCCAGUUGGCGUCCAGAAGAUCUUCCAUGAGGAUAAGGAAACGGGACUCUCGGAAGUUUGUGCUGAGAUUGGUGUGCCUUACAUUCUUAGUACCGCUUCUUCAUCAUCAAGUAAGAAGCUAAAUUUUUGAUCCCAAUCAUGAAACAAAAUCACUAACCCAUAUUUUCCAGUGGAAGAAGUAGCUGAAUCCAACGGCCCUAACGGCCACCGCUGGUACCAACUAUAUUGGCCACAAGACGACGAAAUUACCAUCUCCCUCCUCCAACGUGCCCAAGACUGCGGCUACAAAGUCCUAGUCGUAACCCUCGAUACGUGGGCACUAGCCUGGAGACCGGCCGAUCUCGACGGAGGAUACGUUCCAUUCAUCAAAGGCAUGGGCAACAAAACCGGAUUCACAGAUCCCGUUUUCCGCCGCAAAUUCAACGAGAAAUACAACGCCACGCCAGAGGAAAAGGUAUUCGAGGCAUCUCAAGAAUGGAUCGGAGAUGUCUUUUCAGGUGCUGCGCAUUCUUGGGAUCAAAUCCAGCUCUUGAAGGAUAAUUGGGAUGGACCAAUUGUACUCAAAGGAAUUCAACAUCCAGACGAUGCACUAGAAGCCGUAAAAGCCGGUGUUGACGGUAUCAUCGUCAGUAACCACGGCGGACGUCAACUAGACGGCGCCAUCGGCUCACUAGAAAUGUUACCCGAGAUUGUGGAAGCAGUAGGUGACAAACUGACGGUGCUAUUCGAUAGUGGGAUCCGCACUGGCGUGGAUGUUAUAAAAGCACUCAGUCUCGGUGCCAAAGCGGUAUUGAUAGGAAGACCAGCCAUCUAUGGAUUGGCAGUAGGGGGGAAGCAGGGUGCUAAACAGGUCUUGCAGGGGAUAUUGGCGGAUGUGGAUCAAAGUAUGGGAUUGGCAGGUAUACAGGAUAUUAAGGGCUGUAAUCGUUCGAUGAUUAGGAGGGUACAGUAUGGUGGGGAUGUUAUUGCUAAUAAUUAAUCCUGGGUGUAGAUAGAUUGAGGAAGUAGGAAGUAGGGAGGUAGAUUAGGAAGAGAUAGAGAUAGACAGAUAGAUAGUAGAUGAUAAAUACUAGACGUUAGCGUCAUAGAUAAUAAAAUUCAUUCAAACCUCGAUAAAUCUCAGAGCAGGUUAGCAGUUUAACUAUCCCCUAAUGUUUAAUUAAUUACCUACUCGAAAAAAAAUCCAAAUAACUCGAGAGGGAGAACCAGAAACCUGAUAAUAUAAAAACUUGAAUCAAAUUUAUAAGAUCUAUGGUUUAAGAGAGUAAAAUAAUUUACAAGCAAAUAAAGUUAAGAUAAUUACUCAAAAGAUUGGAAAG